GAUAGCCUGGAGAUUGAUUACAAGUCCGAACGAGCUGUGGGCUAGAGUAAUCCGCUACAAAUCCUUGAGGGAGACAGAUUCGGAGCUAGUAAUUCGUCGAAGUGGAAGGCUCUCAAAUCUGUGGAGAGGUGUUAUUCGGGUCUGGGAAAAAUUGAAGAAGCUUUGACCUGGACUGUCCGAAAUGGGCAAAAGGAAAUUUUUUGGAGAGAUAGAUGGCUGGGAGAUAGCGAACCCCCUCGCUACCUUUGCACCUGAUCUCUCGGCGGAUUUGCUCGACCGACCCAUCGUUGACUUCGUGCUGAAUUGUAGGUGGAACUCUCAAUUUUUGAACUUCUACUUACCGCAGCAUAUUGUUUUGCAGGUGGAGCUGCAUCCCGUGCCGCAGGAAAGCGAAGAUGACUCGCGUUGCUGGAGAUUCUCGGAAAAUGGCGAGUUCACCUUCAGAUCAACAUACGAACUAACUAAGGACGAGGACCAGCCGCAUUUUCACCAUCCCAUAUGGCGUGCCCUGUGGAAAGUACCCUCAAUGCAUCGGGUACGAACGUUCUUGUGGCUUGCGGCGCGUCCGCGUCUUCUUACUAAUGCGGAAAGACAUCGUCGCCAUCUCACUAGUAACCCGACUUGUAAGAUUUGCGGAGGACAUUCUGAAACAAUCACCCAUGUGCUCAGAGACUGCCCGUUCGAUAGAGCAACCUGGGUGGAGCUGUUAAUGGACGAGCCGGACGAGAAGUUUUUUGAACCUGACCUGCACCGCUGGCUCCACUACUACAUUACAGGUAGGAGCUCCAAUAUUGAUGCUACACUUUUUGCGAUCACGUGUUGGCUUUUGUGGAAGAACAGGAAUAGCUUAUGUUUCGAGGGGGAGUUGCAGACCUAUACCCAAAUCCAAUAUCAUUCUCUACAGCUACGGCAGCAGAUCGCUACUGCCUUUGAGAGUUUCGUCGUUGGUGAUGGGGGACACCAACAUAUUCGAUACAUCAGCUGGCAGCCACCACCACCCGACUGGGCGUGCAUGAAUACGGACGGAUCUGUUACUCACUCUCCUUCCAGCACGGCUGCAGGCGGCAUCGUGAGGGGAGGCGAUGGCCGGUUUAUCAAAGCUUUUGCGGUGAAUCUUGGGAGAGGUUCUCUAAGACUCACCUGGGAAACUAGAGCUAGGAAAGUUCUUCUACAAACCGACUCAGCAGCAGCUGUGAGCAUCAUCGAGAAGGCAACACACCAUCAUCCGCGCUACACUGCGGUUGCGGAAAUCAGAAGCUGGUUAAGUAAAGACUGACAAGUUGAGAUGAAGCACGUCUACAGAGAAGCCAAUGUUGUGGCAGAUUAUCUUGCUUCCUUAGGCCAUCUUUGGCCAAUUGGUUUUCAUGUUUUUGAUAACCCGGAUAGUACGUUAGCCUACUGGUUGUAUUAUGAUGUCAUUGGGGUUCAAACCCCUCGUGCAGUUCAUGAAUAAAGGUUGGAGCGCCCUUUAUGCGCUCCGUUUUACACACAAAAAAAAUGAUUAAUUUGUUCAAUAUGCCUAUAUGAACAUUUAUUUCAAAUAUUCUUUCGAGAUCUUGCAAAUUAUAUAUGAUGGUUCUGGAAUAUGUUUGGAAUAUGAAGCUAUAGUUAAUAAUGUAGUAUGCCUAUCAAUCCGGAAGAUUGGUGAGGGCAAUGCAUAAGUUCCUAGAGAGAUGUAUCAGGUGAGGCAAUAAGCAUUUACUUUAAUAAUUAUGGGUAGUUAGAUGAGGGAAUUAUGCUCGUGACUUCUUUUAAAUAGAGUAUGUACGAACUCAUGGUUUUAAAAGUAUUCAUAUGUACAAGCUAUUAGGAGAAGUCCACAAAUAUUGGUAGAGAAAAUAUUUGCAACUAGAUGCUGAAAAUGUGAGGAGAUUCUCUAACACAUAUUGAGACACAUGAGUUUAUAGGCCACUUACAUGAACUUUGGUUGAGAUGCACUUUACACCUAAUUAGACUUAAUGGCUAUGACCAUCAACCUUUUAUAUUAAUCUCCAAUAUAAACUUGAAUGCCAAGCGCCCUCUCUUAACUACCGCAUGGGAGGCUACACAAUUUUGAUCUACCUAUCGCCAAUUUGAUCGACCGAAUUAGUGAACGUUCUUCAAGUUUGACGCUAACAUCUUGGUCAUGACAAUCCUGUGUUCGAGUGAUACACAAUUAGGGAUGGCAAUUAGAGGUGGCAAUUUUAAUCCAAUCCACCAGUCAAUCCAUUUUAUCCAAAUCCAAUUGGAUUGGUGGAUUCAUGGAUUGGAUACAUGGAUCAUUGGCAAAUUACGGUUUAGUACCUAUAAUUUUUAUUUUUUACAUUUUGGUACCUAAAAUUUAAUUUUUUAUACGAAAAAUAUCAUUGGAAAAUUACGUUUUGGUACCUAAAUUUUUUCAGUAUGACAUUUUAGUACCUAAACUUUUUGCAUUUUACAUAUUGGUCCUUGGUUGAGGAUGUCAUUUGGAUUCAUGGAUAAUCCACCAAUCCACUUGAUCCAAUCCAUUUAAUCCAUGGAUCCACCAAUCCACCAAUCCAAUCCAUUUGCCACCUCUAAUGGCAAUUUUACUCAUGCCCAAAGGUAUUUUACUAUCCAACCCAAUUGGGUUGGGUAUGAGGGUAAAGCUUGAUGGGUUUGUACCCAUACCCAUUUACUUGGGUUGGGUAUUUAACAAAUGGAUUUGGGUUUGUACCCAUGCCCAAAUACAAAUUACAAUUUGGUACCUAAACUUAUUAGAUAAUAGAUAUACAUAUUUAGUACCUAAAUUUUUUUUUGCAUAUAAGUCCCUAAAAUAUCGAUGGAAAUUACGUUUUGGUACCUCCAUUUUUUUGGUCUUACAUUUUGGUACGUAAAAUUUUCAAGUUUUACAAAUAUGUCCAAUUUUUGUAUGUGUAGUUAAAACACACUCAAGUAAAUAGAUAUUCAUAUCCAACCCAUACCCAUUUAGAUUAUAAAAGCAAUAUUUGUACUCAUACCCAACCUAUCUACAAACGCCCAAACCCAUAUGCACUUCACCCAUACCCAACCCAUUAUUAAUGGGUUUAUUUGGGUUUGGGUAUAAUUACCCAUGGGUGGGUAAUUGCCAUCCCUGUACACAACGAACACCAAAUCAACCACAAUUAUUCUAACAAAUUUGUCUCCAAUAAUUUGUUGGAUGAAAAUCGGAUCUCUUGGAUCUCUUUAAGAGAAAUAGUCGUAAUGUCAAUGCAUGAAAUCAACUUUGGUUUUCGAA